CAAAAACUUUUGAAAAAAUUUCCAAGGGCAUGAUGGAGAGAGGCCACAAUAGGGACUCUGAGCAGUGCCGCGUGAAGGUCAAGGAGCUCAGACAAGCCUAUCAAAAAACAAAGGAGGCAAACGGUCGCUCCGGGUCAGAGCCGCGGACAUGCCGCUACUACGCCGAGCUGCAUGCAAUUCUAGGGGGGGCUGCCACCACUACCCCACCUUUGUUCGUGGAUUCUGGGUCGGGGAUAGUCUCGACGCCUGAGGAUUCUGCCGAUGGGGUAGAGGAGGAGGAGGAGGAGGAUGAGCUUGCAGAGAGCACACAGCACUCCAUUCUCCCCAACAGCCAGGAUCUUUUUCUCACCCUGACUGAAGUACCCUCCCAAGCCUCCCAAGCCAGUACCCAAGACUCUGACCCCAUGGAAGGGACCUCAGCAGCUGCAAAUUCCUCAAGCCUCCCUCCUCCAUCCCGAAGGUUAUCACAGAUAAGGCGUCGUAAGAAGAAGACGCGGGAGGACAUGUUUUCUGAAAUUAUGCAAUCCAGCAGGAGUGACAGAGCUCAUCUGAAUGAGUGGAAGGAAACAGUUUCAAAGUAUAGGAAAGAAGUCAGUGAACGUGAGGAGAGGAGGGACCAACGUGAGGAGAGGAGGGACCAACGUGAGGAGAGGAGAGACGAUCGAGAUGAGAGAUGGCGGCAGGAAGACCAGAGGAUGAAGGAUGCAACGCUGGGGCUGCUCCGGCGUCUGGUGGAGGUUCAGGAACGGCUGCUGGAAAAUAGACUGCCGCUUCAGCCCCUGUUCCACCCUCCCCCCUCCCCAUGUUCCGUAUCCUCCUCACCCAGACGUGUAAGAACGCGGGGGGGGAGGCUCCGUACACCUUCCCAUUCCACCCCAGUAGACAGCCCAAGCAAAAGGCUGUCAUUUUUUUAACCUUUUCUUUGUGGCUUUUUCCUUCCCAGCAAUCCUCCUCCCAAAUACCACCCGGGUUCCCUCCCUCUUUUUCUAAUCUAUUAAUAAAGAAUAAAUGAUUUUUAAA